GCUGGUGAGAUGAUGCCGGUUGAGGAGAGAGGGGAUUACUGGGGGCUGGUUUGGCCUCAGCAACAUUAAAGCCGGAGCUGCUGCAGCUGCACGUAGUACAGACAUCAAAGCUUCUUCUUCUCCUCCUCCUCCUCUUCAUCCUCACUGCAGCUCUCAUCCGCAGCAGCUCCAUCACAAUAUACUGGAGCAUUUUCCUCGUUUUUUACGCAGAACAGAAUCGAUCUCUGGACUGCGUGACGGGACAUAAAGGCGGUUACGGAUUUCAGCAAACCACGCCGAAGCGCGUCGACAUGAUGCUGUGAGGAGAGGCGCGCGGCUCCAGCGGUUGUCUUCCUCCCGAGGCUGCAGCGAACGGAGGGAGGGGGGGGGGGGGGGGGGUUGCAGUAUAACAAGGUUAAUAAUCAGCAUCAGUAAAGGUCGUCUCUGAGAGCGGGAACAUCGCCCCUGCGCGGGGGGGACCGGCGGUGAAUCCUCUCUAGUCCAGAAACAGAACAUUAUGGCCACUCUGCUGCGGAAGAUCGGCCUGAUCCGCCUGCACGACCGAGACACGGAGGACCCGAAGCACCACCAGGGCUCGUUAAAGGGGAGCAAAGGGAACCAGAAAAACAACAAACACUGUCAGACCAACGACGCCAACAUCCUGAGCACCCCCGAAAUUAAAGCCAGGAAGCUGGACCAGCAGGCCAAGGAGAAGCCUUCUGGCAAAGACAAGCAGGGCAAGGAUGCUAAGGAGAAGCAGCAGACUGGGGGGGGUGGGAGCAAAGCCACCAGUGCCUCCUCCAUCCCACCGCCGGCACCUCAUCGGCAACACUGCACCCAGGUCCGGACACGCAGGCUGAUGAAGGAGCUUCAGGAGAUCAGGAGGUUAGGGGACAACUUCAUUACCGUGGAGCUGGUGGAGGACAACCUGUUCGACUGGAAUGUCAAACUGCACCAGGUGGACAAGGACUCGGCGCUAUGGCAGGACAUGAAGGAGACCGGCACAGAGUUCAUUCUGCUUAACGUCACCUUUCCAGAUAACUUUCCCUUCUCGCCACCUUUCAUGCGUGUGCUGACGCCUCGACUGGAGAACGGCUAUGUGCUGGAUGGUGGGGCCAUAUGCAUGGAGCUGUUGACCCCCCGCGGAUGGUCCAGCGCCUACACGGUGGAGGCAGUCAUGAGGCAGUUUGCUGCCAGCCUCGUAAAAGGACAGGGCCGCAUCUGCAGGAAAGCAGGAAAGUCCAAGAAAGCCUUCAGCCGGAAAGAGGCAGAAGCCACUUUUAAGUCCUUGGUGAAGACCCAUGAAAAGUAUGGUUGGGUCUCCCCACCGGUGUCUGACGGCUGAGCGCCCGGCUGCCACCUGAGCUAGCUAGAUCAACACGGCUAGCUUUGACACACACAACUCAACAAUGUUCACCUUUGGCUGUUUCACACUGGAUGUUCUCUUUUUCUCCUUUGAAUUUUGAGUGCUCUUUUCAUUUUCCUUCUCAUUCCUGAAUGAACUUUCUGAGAACUUUCCGUCAUUUGUCACCUCUGCGCAAAAAGAAAAACAAAAAAAAAACAUUGGUUUGUCUUCUUCUUGGAGUAUUUCACAUGUUUUUGGAACACGUGUUUGUGAAACAUCCUCACCUGUCCGGCUGGACAGAUUGGACUCUGAACAAUCUCCAUGGCUCUCCAUGACAUUGAAGAAGACUCUCCGUUCUGUCCUUCAUCACUGAGCUGAGUCCCAUGGCAGUGUUUGCAUAGAAAUGAAGCCAUUCAUGUUUAGUAAGAGGGCAGAGCAGUGGCACCUGCUCACCCCCCCUCCACCCUUGAUGGACUGUGCUAUGACAUCUAGUUCAUUGCAGCGAUUGUAAAUCACAUGGAGCUCUCACAUUUUUUUUUUUUGGUGGUUAAAUUACUAUUCAGGCAAAAUAUGGCUUUCUAAAGGAAGAAACCUCAUGUAGACCAACGGUCACUCUUCUUCCGCUGCGUGUUUGUGAAUGUGUGUUUGUGUGCAGGAACUGAAGAAGACUUUAGACUUUAAGGGAGGAAACUGCAAAAUUAGCUUUUAUUUUGAAAGGCACAGAGACUUGCUGGGAUUGCUGCGCUUCCUGCUGUCUUGUUAACUGUGCUGACCGUUUUUGAUGUUUGGCUGACUGACACCUUGAAAUGAAAGCUGUGGGCGGAGUUGAAGUGAGUGCAUGCUUCGGGGGCCGACUAAUGGACGUCUGCUGGAGGACUGAGAGCAGCAAGGUAGGAACUGUAAGGGGAUUGAGCUUACUAUGAUCACUGCCGGCUGCCUCUGGGAAAUGUUAGGCAGUUGCAAAAUGGCCGAGGACGGAUUUUCUUUCUUGUACCUGCUGUUCUGUGGAGCUCCACCCUUUAAAAGCACUUCAUGAAUGUCUCCUCUGAACCACACUGCAGCACCGGCCUCCUGGUCAGACCGUCCCGGUGGUCCAGUGGGAUUUGUUCUCUCCAUCUACCACUUAAAUGUCAGCUGCUAAUUGGUUUGACAUUUCCACAGAGCUUCAUUAGAAAAGAGCAGGAGGAGGAUGUAGCUCUUCCUCAUCUAUUCUAGUUUAUGGAUGCAGGGGGCUCCUCUACAUUGCUAGACUACUGUGUAAGACUCCCCUCAUAAAGAAGUGACAGCAUCUGCUGUGUGAUCAUGUCCUCUUUUCCAGGGUUAAUGUUGUGAUCUUUCAGCUUCAGCAGAGACAAGUCUAGAACUCUUAAGACAAAAGAUCCACCACUGCAAGUUCGCCGGCUUCCAGAGAAUCACUUUGUGAUGUAGGUUAGACUGGUAGUUUGCAGACACUAACUGGUUGAACUGAUUACGCUGUAUUAUAUCUGCAUGUGAAACGUGAUUGGUAGCUAGCUAUUGUAGAUUCUUUUGUUUCUUUUUUGAAAGAAAAGUAAGGGAAAACAAAAAUGCUACUUCUUUUUCUUUGGUACUUUUUUUGGCGUUUGUUACUGUACAAACUUUCCUUUCUCUGCGUCCUAAAAAAUGUCACAUUGUGUUUAAUGAAUGUUUGUGUUUUAAUUUAUUUGUGGUUUGCCAAAACGAUGAUUUGAAGCAUGCUGCAGGUGUUGUCCUGACGAACAAGAAGAAACAAAAGAGCGAUAGCCCGCAUACUUUUGUGUGAAGGGACGAGGUGUAUUUAUUUUGGGGGGGUCAGGGGUUUGAUUGCCAGAAGAUUAUGAAGGAGGUAUUUCCUCUGUGAUGGCACCAUUGCCCCUUCCCCAUUGGUUCAUACACUGGUCAGCAGCCUCAGUCUUAGAUUUGGGAUCAGUUUUGCCUCCCCGAGCUUUGGACUCAUCAAAGGUAUCUGAUCAGAGGUCAGCCAGCGUGGGGAACCCCAUCCUAGUCCUGGCUUGGAGGUUUGGUCAGGCCCGAGGUCUUAAAAGGUGAGGGUUGUCGUUGAGACCAAACAGGAAUGUGCAAUAAAAGUUACAGCUUAUUAAAACCGG